AUGGCCGAUUACACAGUCGAUGGACCUCUUCAAGAAUUCCCCGAGUGGGACCUCUAUCACAUAUCUGAAUGUCUCGAGGAUCACAGUAUCAGACACUGUAUUGCUGGCGACGCAAUCAUUACGACUCUCGGCUAUCCGUUGGUCAUUUGUGACUUUUAUCUCGCGGUCGCAGAUGAACAUCUUGAAGAUGCCUUGACUGUCGUUCUUCAGCAAGGAUUUCAGGAAAUCCGAGGCCGCGAUUUCUAUGUGGAUAAGGAUGCGAUAAUUACCCCUUCAGGCUGGCCAGGACACAGACUGAAGAUGACUUCCGCAUCACCAAUAUCCCCGGCGGUUGUACUUGUUCCCUCGAGUUUCUGGCAUAUCGAACUCUCAGAACUGAGUUUAUCGACGAACACAUUCUUGCAUCCUAGUACGCGAUGUCGAUUUCCAAAGCGGUUAUUCUAUUUGGAUGCUCUGAUCGAUAUUAUUGUCGAAGCGGCAUUGAAACCUGGCGGCAACAGGCAACUGUCCAGGUACUUUAGAAUGCAGUAUCACUAUUUACUCGCCUGUCUUUCUCCAGAUACUCUCCUCAGUCUGCCGCUCGAGGAUAAAUUCUUUGUGGACUUAUAUGGCAGACUCCUUCCGCCAUCAACCCGGCAAAAAGUCUGCUUUAAUCGGCAACGGAUUCGACAGGGUUUGAUAUCUGUGGAUGAGGCAUGGAAGUCAAUCCCGAGAAAAGCCCUUCUGGCAGAUGAGAUAUGGCGCAAAUCUCGGAACCAUAGCUAG